AACUAAAGGCGGGAUAUUUAGGUGCAAUUGUGCAUUUCGGCCAAUCAGAGCGUUGCUUCUAAUCUGACUUCAGCAGUCUAGUUUGGUUGCAGUGCACCCAUGUGGGUUCAAUGUUGACUUGCUUCCUUAGAAAGUUGUGGAGUUGAGUCUCUACGGUUACCGUUUACUGUGAAACGUUGCUUGUCGCGUUUCGCCAUGUCUUCGUCUUUCUUUAUAAAGAAAAAAGAAAACCCCAAAUUAGUCAAGAAGGGGAAAAAUACAGAGCUGCCAAAGCGAAAGGGUGAUGUGGACUCCGCCGGAAAGAGUAAAGUACGGGCGAAGAAACCCAACUCCAAAUACAACGAAGAGAUUUCCAGCGACUCUGAGACAGAGAGUCACGUAGGGUCCAAGAAAAGACAGUCCAAUGAGGAGAAUGAGUAUGAGGAAACGCCACAGGAGAAGAAGCUCCGAUUAGCCAAACUUUACCUCGAGCAGCUAAAGGAAGAAGAGGAACAGAAAGCAGAAGACGACUCCUUUGAGACUGAUCUGAUUGCUGGCAGACUUCAAGAAGAAGUGCUUGAACAAAAAGGAAAGCUUCAGCGACUUAUUGCCAAAGAUCUCAUGCCGCCGGAUGCUUCAGAGAUCAGACUGUUAAGAGGACACAAACUUCCGAUUACCUGUCUGGUCGUCACCUCUGAUGACAAGUACAUCUUUUCUGCUGCCAAGGACUGCUCCAUUAUUAAAUGGGAUGUCGAGAGUGGGAAGAAACUGCACACAAUGCCAGGGGGAAGGAAAGGCACAGAGGAUCGGCAUGUUGGACACACAGCUCAUAUACUGUGUAUGGCCAUAUCGUCAGAUGGAAAAUACUUAGCCACUGGAGACAUGAACAAUCUGAUCAUGAUCUGGGAGGCAGAAACAUGUAAACAUCUAUAUAAAUUCACAGGACACAAAGGCCCUGUGUCGGGUCUUUCAUUCCGGAAGGGGACUCAUGAUCUGUACAGCGCCUCUCAUGAUCGCUCAGUAAAGGUGUGGAACGUGGAUGAGAACGCAUAUGUGGAAACUCUCUUUGGGCAUCAGGACGCUAUCACAGGACUGGACAGCUUGAGCCGUGAGCGCUGUGUGACUGCAGGAGGAAGGGACCGCUCAGUCAGGGUGUGGAAGAUAGCCGAGGAGUCUCAGCUGGUGUUCCACGGCCACGAGGGUUCAAUCGACUGUAUCCAGCUCAUAAAUGAGGAGCACAUGAUAACAGGAGCUGAUGAUGGCUCUGUGUCUCUUUGGAGUGUCAACAAGAAGAAGCCUCUCAGCACAGUGAAGCAGGCUCACGGUUGCCAUGGUGAUGCCGGGCUGGAGCAGCCUCAUUGGGUGGCUUCGGUAGCCGCGCUCCAGAACUCGGAUACCGUCGCCUCAGGUGCCUCUGGCUGUUCACACAACUCACAGGUGCAGCUGUGGAAGUGUGGCCAAUACUACCGGGGACUGGAGCCUCUAUUCAGUAUUCCAGUGUCUGGGUUUGUCAACAGUCUGAAGUUUUCGAGCUCUGGUCAGUUCUUGGUGGCAGGAGUUGGACAGGAACACAGGCUGGGUCGAUGGUGGAGAAUGAAAGAGGCCAAGAAUGGGAUCUAUAUUAUUCCCCUUAAACGGAAACCUCCUAAUCCAGAGGAAGCCAAGAUGGCUGAAUAGCGGACUGUUAAGUGUCUUUCAUUUUGUAAAUUAAAGCUUUAAAAACAG